AUGACCAGCUUCCUCAGCCUCCCCACGGAAAUUCGACAAAAGAUCUACGCCCUCAGCCUCCCAGUCCAGCAGCUCAAAGUGCAGAGCUUCUACGACCCAGCGUGGUCGGACACUGAGAAACCCGCCGGCAUCCCAGGCCUCUUCUUCGUCAACAAACUCGUCUCCGAAGAAGCUGCGGCGGUCUUCUAUUCUCGGGCCGUGCUCAAUGUUGCUCCCUUGCGCCUACCUCCCUAUCUGUCUCAUUCCUUGGCCGGCAACGCGCCAAAGAUCAAUCUAGCCUUUGGCUUGGACGUCGACUUCUCCUCUUGCCCACGUCGUCAUCUACAGCGCAUUACCAAAUCGCACAUCUACAGCGGCCAGCAUGAUGCCAUCUCGGCCGAAGCAUAUGAAGCGCUUCUUCGCUGGCUCGUCGACAACACCGCCGUGCAGACGAUUCACUUGUCUCGGCGCCUGAUGACGAGGUUACGAGGAGCCAGAGCAGACGUCAAAGCCGCCUUCAACCUGUACACAGUUGCAUCGAGCUUGACCCUCUCACGGAGUAUCUAUGUGUACACUGGCAGUAGUCGUUCACCCUGGGAGUUAACGCGCAUGCGUGAGCUAAAACAAGCCUUGAAUGGCGUAGAAUUGCCUGCAGUGCAAGUCUAUGUCCUUGAAGAAGGUGACCAGAAUGAUGCACUUCUGGAUCCUCGAUGGGAUGCACGAAAGAGCGACAACGAUGAAAGACGAGGCAUGAUCCAUGAGACAUCGCCUUGGUUUGAUUCCCUCCUGGCCGCCGUCCCUGCUGCCAAACAGAAAGGCCGUGCAGAAGACGAGCCCCGGUUUUACCAAAUGUGCUGCAUUUUUCGACGCUUGCAGCCGACUCCAGGAUAACGUGCUCCAGCUCUAUUAUCUGCUCAGAAGGAUUGAAGAAAUCUCACUAUGUGGCUCCGACCCUGACCUUUGACCAUUACCUCGGUGUGCAAUGCUCCAGCAACGGUUUGUCGAACCACCUCUAGUUUUUCUUCUCGACAGACCUGCUCCAAGACGGCUGCUUGUCCUGGAGGCACAAUUUCGUCGUUACCUGCCUCCAAAAU